GGCGGGCUCAGAGCCACGCGGCGCGUCCGGGAGGUUACCUCUCCCGUAAUAGCAGCUACCUCCCUGGGCCGCGGACGGCCGCCUUUCGCACCCAGGGGCCUGGAUCGCCGCUCUCGGACCCAAGAGUCUGGGUCCCCUCUUCCUGGAGCUCCGUUUCCCGGCUCUCAGACCUAGGUGCCCCAGCUCUCGGUUUCCAGGACCCUGGUGCCCCGGGUGCCCGCCUCCCGGAUCUAAACGCCCUGGAUCUGCGCCACCAGGACUGAGCCUUCUGCAAACCUCUGCCACCUGGACCUAGGAGCCCAGGUCCUAGCCAGAGGAACUCUUGUAUUUCCAACAACCAGGGCCUCCCAGCUUUUGGGCCCCUGAAACUUUCCUUCCCAAUUUGGAAUAGCAGAGGAACUCCAGCGCCCAGCCUAGGGAGCCCAGACACUCCAGCUUCCAAGAGCCAAGGACCUGGGGCUGUGAACUCCUAGCUCUAAGAAAACCAUCCAACCCAAAGUUCCAGCCCGCAGGCGUUGUUACUCAACUCUCAGUCCUAAGGAACGUCGGCGACCUGGGAAGGAGCCCCAAGCUCUCCGAGCUUUUAGGCGUUAAGGAACCCCGGUUCUUCCCAUCAUGGUGGCUGAUCCUCCCAGGUGCGACCCCAAAGGGUUCGCGGCGACGGCGGAGCCCAUAGCUAACGGUGCCUCGACGUUGAUCUCUAUGGAGGAUCAAGACGCUGCGGCCGGCGGCUGCUGCCGUUCCUGGGACCAGGUGCGCCGCUGCCUUCGCGCCAACCUGCUGGUGCUGCUGACCGUGGUGGCCGUGGCGGCGGGCGUGGCGCUGGGGCUGGGGGUGUCAGAGGCCGGCGGCGCGCUAGCAUUGGGCCCCGCGCGCCUGGUGGCCUUCGCCUUCCCGGGCGAACUGCUGCUGCGCUUGCUGAGAAUGAUCAUCCUGCCACUGGUGGUUUGUAGUCUGGUUGGCGGUGCCGCCAGUCUGGACCCCAGCGCGCUUGGCCGCCUGGGCGCAUGGGCGCUGCUCUUUUUCCUGGGCACCACACUGCUCGCUUCGGCCCUCGGAGUGGGCUUGGCUCUGGCGCUGCAACCCGGCGCCGCCUUCGCCGCCAUCAACGCCUCUGUCGGGGCCCUGGGCACUGGCGAAGCGGCCCCCAGCAAGGAGGUGCUGGAUUCCUUCCUGGAUCUCGUGAGAAAUAUCUUCCCCUCCAACCUGGUGUCUGCAGCCUUCCGCUCAUACACCACCUCCUAUGAAAUGAGACGGAUCGCUGGAGACCAGAACGGAACACUGGUAAAGGUGCCCCUGGGGGGUGAGGUGGAAGGAAUGAACAUCCUGGGCCUGGUGGUGUUUGCCAUCGUCUUGGGUGUGGCCUUGCGGAAGCUGGGGCCUGAGGGGGAGCUACUUAUCAACUUCUUCAACUCCUUCAAUGAUGCCACCAUGGUGCUGGUCUCCUGGAUCAUGUGGUAUGCCCCUGUGGGCAUCUUGUUCCUGGUGGCCAGCAAGAUCGUGGAGAUGGAGGACGUGGGGAUACUCUUCGCCAGUCUGGGCAAAUACAUCUUGUGCUGCCUGCUGGGCCACACCAUCCACGGCCUCCUGGUGUUGCCCCUCAUCUACUUCCUGUUCACCCGCAAGAACCCCUACCAAUUCCUGUGGGGCAUCAUGACCCCGCUGGCCACUGCCUUCGGAACCUCUUCCAGCUCUGCCACGCUGCCCCUGAUGAUGAAGUGCGUGGAGGAGAAGAACGGCGUGUCCAGGCACAUCAGCCGCUUCAUCCUGCCCAUCGGCGCCACCGUCAACAUGGACGGUGCGGCGCUCUUCCAGUGCGUGGCUGCCGUGUUCAUUGCCCAGCUCAACCAGAAGCCCCUGGACUUAGUAAAGAUCAUCACCAUCCUGGUCACUGCCACAGCGUCCAGCGUGGGGGCAGCAGGCAUCCCUGCCGGAGGGGUCCUCACUCUGGCCAUCAUCCUUGAAGCUGUCAGCCUGCCCGUUCACGACCUCUCCUUGAUCCUGGCUGUGGACUGGCUGGUGGACCGUUCGUGUACCGUCCUCAAUGUGGAAGGUGAUGCCUUUGGCGCGGGACUCCUCCAAAAUUACGUGGAUCGCACAGAGUCAAGGAGCCCGGUGCCUGAGCUGAUCCAUGUGAAGAGCGAGACACCCCUACCUCAGCUGUCAGCCCCAACCGAGGAAGGAAACCCCCUCCUCAAACCCUAUCCAGGCCCCGCUGGGGAUGCUGACACUUUCGAAAAGGAAUCUGUCAUGUAAAUGCUGGUAGGGACCUUCCCUGCCCCGAUGGGGGUAGGGGGCGCUUUGGACACUAGAAUCAUGUGGGAUGGAUGAAUGGACAAAGUGGGGUUCAGGGGGCCCCACGCAUACGCACCAGGGAGCCAGAGGCCCCAGCCUCCUCCCUGCCAUCAGAUCUUGGUGGCUGUGCUGCAGGGGUGUAUAUGGAUGUGUGUAUGUGUGUUUCCCAAAUCUCCCCAGUCCUCAACUCCUGGCCUCCAACCAGGGCUAGGAAACCAUGAGACGGAGAAGCAUCUGUUCCCCCAACUCCACCCCAAAAGUCUGCCAGACCUCCCCCUUUCUCAGGGUACAAGCCAUGAUAUAGAAUUGUACCCUCUUUGAGGGAAGGAUGUUCUGACGGAAUGACUGCUCCUUUGCUGGUUACUGUUGGUGGCUGUGGUGUGUGUGUGUGUGUGUGUGUGUGUGUGUGUGUGUGUGUGUGUGCGCAUGCAUGUGUAUGCAUGUGUGGUGUAUGUUGCCUGUGACCACCCUACUCUCUGCACGGUACGUCCUGCCCUGUCCCCAGGCCCUCUGUUCGCUCCCCAGUAAAAACAUUCCCGAGACCCUGGGGGAGACUGAGGACAAAUACUGCUGUCACUCCAGAGUACCUUUUUUUAGCAAAAAAAUAGAGUGUCAAGUGUAUCUAAUAGGUAGUUUUUUUAGAAUUUGAUUAAACGCACUAGCCACCACCAAGGGAAAAAAAAAAGAUAAAUUGGACUUUAUUAAAAUAAAACGUCUGUUCAUCAAAAAACACAACAAAAAGACCAGACUUACUGGUCUGACAAGAGAUGGGAGGAACCCCAGAGACUGUCGCCCCUGGAUACCUUGCUAACUCAGAUCUGAAGCCACUCCCAAAGCCCACCUUUCAGCCAAAGAUUAGACAGGCCUAUAAAACAAACAAUAACACAUGUGAGAAACGUGCUUCUUAGAUCAAUCAAGUAGGUGAGACCAAAUGGGCAAUACCUGCCCAAAAGCAAAGACGAGAAGGCAAGAAGGGUCAGGAAAACUGGACGAAUGGACACAGAGAACCCAGGGCAUAAAGGGAAAGGGGUGCUGACACGUUGUGGGGAUUGUAACCAAUGUCACAAAACAAUUUGUAUGUAAAUUUUUUAAUAAACUGAUUUAUGCUCUAAACUUUCACCUAAAGCACAAUAGAAUUUUAUUUAUUGUUAUUCCUUUUUUUGUUGUUUUAAUUGUGCUUUAAGUGGAAGUUUACAAUUCAAGUCAGUUUCUCAUACAAACACUAAUACACACAUGGAUAUGUAACCCUAGUUGCUCUCCCUACAAUGUGGCAGCAUACUCCUUCUCUCCACCCUGUAUUUCCCGUGUCCAUUCAGUCAGCUCCUGUCCCCAUCUGCCUUCUCAUCUCACCUCCAGACAGGAGCUACCCACGUAGUCUUAAUGUGUCUACCUGAAGCACACUCCUCAGCAGUGUCAUUUUAUGUCUUAUAAAAAAAAAUGUCUUAUAGUUCAGUCUAAUCCUUGUCUAAAGAGUUAGCUUCAAGAAUGGUUUUAUUUCUGGCCUAACAGAGAGUCCAGGGGCCAUAUCCUCUGGGGUCACUCCAGUCUCAGACCAUUAAGUCUGGUCUUUUUACAAUUUGAUGUCUGCAUCCCACUUUUCUCCUGCUCCAUCAAGGAUUCUCUGUUGUGUUCCCUAUUAGGGCAGUCAUUGGUGGUAGCUGGGCACCAUCUAGUUCUUCUGGUGUCAGGCAGAUAUAGUCUCUGGUUUAUGUGGCCCUUUCUUUCUCUGGGCUCAUAUUUUCCUUGUCUUUGGUGUUCUUCAUUCUCCUUUGCUCCAGGUGGGUUGAGACCAAUUGAUGCAUCUUAGAUGGCUGCUCGCUAGCUUUUAAGACCCCAGACACCACUCACCAAAGUGGAAUGCAGAACAUUUUCUUAAUAAACUUUGUUAUGCUAAUUGACCUAGAUGUCUGCUGAAACCAUGGUCCCCAGACCCCUGCCCAUGCUACCCUGUCCUUCAAAGUGUUUGGUUGUAUUCUGGAAACUUCUUAGCUUUUGGAUUAGCCCAGUUGUGCUGACUUCCCCUGUAUUACACAAUAAAAUUAAAAAAAAAAAAAAGCAAACUAUUAGAAAAUACAAUGAG